UCCAUUUAGUACAGUAGGUUAUGAGGUGGGUUAACGGCACGUGCCACAGAUGCUCAUUCAGACUGGGAUCUGGGGAAUUUGGAGGCCAGGUUGACACUUUGAGGUCUUUGUUAAAAGCUCCAAAUAUAAAAGAAACAGUGCAAGGUGGGCCCAGUGCACGACAGCUGUUGCAAGGUACAUUGUUAAGGAGAUGGUGUCAUAUCACACAGUUGAUAAAGCAAGUUUUAAAGACCUGCUACAAACUUUCGACAAACAGUACGAGCUGCCGUCCCGUAAAUAUUUCACCAAGACCGCCAUUCCCGAGCUGUACAACGCAACAAGGGAACGCAUCUCAAAGGAUUUGAAAGUGGUUGACUUCGUCGCUUUCACCACAGACAUGUGGUCAAGUGUGAACAUGACCCCCUACAUGUCUGUGACCGCGCAUUAUAUUUCUGAGGACUGGAAACUGGAGGCGAAAUGUCUCGAAACAACUUUCAUCCCGGAGAACCAUACUGCUGCGGUACUGGCUGAGGGGCUGAGGGAGGCUAUCCAUAAUUGGGAUAUAGAAGAGAGUAAAAUCUCUUGCAUCACCACUGACAACGGAGCUAAUAUUGUUGCGGCCGUUUGAGAGCUCAAAUGGCCAUGGCUGAACUGCUUCGGGCACAAUCUGAAUGUGGCAGUCAAUUAUGCAAUACAGAAGGAAAAAACAAAAACUGAUCGGGCUUUAGGUGUCUGCCACGCUAUUAAUGGCGCUUUCUCUCACAGCUGGCAAAGACGAAGAGAGCUCAGCAAGGUGCAGGAGGAGAUGAAUCUACCUCAACACAUGCUGAUAACGGAUUGUGCAACUUGUUGGGGAUCGACAUAUGCCAUGGUACAAAGAAUCCUCGAACAGCUCCCUGCUAUCAAAAGGGUCUUUGCUGAUGACCAGAGCCGUCGCAAGCAUUACUUGGCAGGACACUGCUGUCCUAGAGGCUGUCAAGGAUGGGUUGAAGCCUGUCGCAGAAUUUACUGACAUUUUAUCUGCUGAGAACUAUGUGACAGUCUCAUCUCUGCUGCCCAUGCUGCAUCUUAUGAUGGAUAUCCUGAAGGAGGAGGACAGUGAUGUAGAGAUGGUCAAAGAACUGAAAAGGAGGAUCCUGGAGAAAGUGGACUCAAAAUAUGCGGAAUCAACCCUUCAGUGGAUGCGCAAAGCCACCCUCCUUGACCCACGCUAUAAGGGGGACCACAUCAAUGCCCCGGCCCUUGAUGUGAUCAAAAGUGAGCUUGAGGAUGAGAUGGUGGCGUAUUGGAAAGCCAAAACUAAGCCAUCUGUACGCAUCAGAGUGGAGGAAGAGGAGGAAGAAGAAGCAGCAGCAGCUACUGAGAAGCAGUCAGCUAAGAGGACCAAAACACUGGGCAGUCUUCUGGGAAGGACGAAGCAGCCUAUGGCCACAAUCCCUGCAGAGCAGCGAGCUAAUUCUGAAAUGACAUCCUACUUGCAAGAGGAAGUCAUUAAUGGUGAUGACAAACCACUGGGAUGGUGGAGUGCCAACAGCAACAACAGUCGCUUUCCUUUGCUGGUAAACAUGGCUAGAAAAUACCUGUGUGUCACUGCUACCAGCACCCCAUCAGAGCGUGUGUUCAGUGUUGCUGGCAACAUUGUUACUCCCCAACGCAACAUUCUCAAACCAGAGAAAGUAAACCAGCUGGUUUUCUUAGCCAAAAAUCUUUAGGCAUACACAUGUCUGCCUAAAGGUAGACUCUAGGUAUAACUCCAGUAUAUUAAGCUUACAAAUUUGAGUUCAUAUUGUUUCUGGCUGUGUUUAUUUUAAUAUAUAUUUAUUUUUAUUUUAACUUUAUUUUGUUAUUGUAUAUUAUUCAUUUUAUUUAUAAAACAACAAGGCUACUUAUCUGUGGACAUUGAACAGUUUUUGGAGUAGGACUGAAGGCUGCUAGUAUGUAAACUGAGGUUUUCAUUUUUGAUUUUUGUUUAUUAAGGCCUAUUAGGUUAUUUAUUAUUCUUUGUUCAGGUUAUGGUUGACCUGGCAUCACAGCCUGUCUAUUUUAUUUACAAAAAGGACAUAAUUUAUUUCUAUAGCCCUCCAGCAGGCUGAAGACAAAAUAUGUUUUCUGUUGUCUGCUGACAUUAUUUCAUUGCACUUUAACAACAAUGAAUAAUUGAAUGGCCUAGUUUAUGUGCCACAUUUUCUUUUACACAAGUUAUUGUUUUUUAUGUGCCAUAUUUUUACACAAGUUGUUGUUUUUUAAGCCAGUGUUUGCAAUAAAACUAUUUUUGACU